GUCUGCUCUUUCGAAGAAUGCCCACAUUCGGGAAAAGAAAAACAAAAGAAAAAAGAAAAAAGAAAGAAAAAAAGAAGGAAAAAAGCGAGCUUUUCAUGGGCGGCUUCGUCCUCUUCUUCUUUGGUCCCCAACGCUCGCCGUGCGUUUCUCGGCGGCCACCUUUACUGGUUCUAGAAUUCCAUCGCUAUCGUUGAGAACCAAUGCACGCGAGCAUUGCGUUGCUUUCACAGGUCAUUCGGUCGAACACUUGGCAGGCGCUCAAGGAAUCUCUCGCUGACGCCAUUGUUAACCACUGCUGCUCAUUCAGGCAACUUCAGCAGCUUCGUUGCCGAGUGAUCCUUCUUGGCUUGGGGUGUAAUUUGUAUGUAUCUAGCCUUAUCAUCAGUAAAAGCUGUGGUUUUGGAGAUGCGGAGAGUGCACGGUUGGUGUUUGAUGGUUUGCGCCAGAGACCCACGAAGGCUCUUGUUUGGAAUUCUAUGAUCAGAGGGUAUUUGAAAAAUGGAUUGCCUGGAUUGGCUUUGGAUGUGUACGAGGAGAUGGAGUUGGUUUCUGAAUGUGAGCCGGAUAAGCAGACGUUUCAUCUCGCUAUCAAUGCUUGCAAUGAGCUUUCAGAGUUUGAGCUCGGAUGCCGAGUUGGUGACCGUGCGAGGAGAAGAGGGUUUGACUCGGAUCUUCUCAUUGCUACAGAGCUGGUUGGAUUGUACUGCAAAAUGGGUGAUUUUGAAACUGCACGUAGAGUGUUCGACAGAAUGUCUGUUAGAGAUGUGGUGUUGUGGAAUGCUAUGAUUUCAGGGUAUUCACAAGGUGGGCAUCUCUGUGAAGUUAUGGAUUUGUUCAGGAGCAUGAGAUUCAUGCACAGGAUUCCGCCAACUGAGGCAACUUUAGUGAAUGUGAUGUCCGGAUGCGCAAAUUCAGGUUCUGUAAAAACUGGAGAGGUUAUGAUUGCUCAUUCAAUCAAAAGUGGUUUCGAAGACAAUUUGUUCGUCUUCAAUUCGCUGAUAGCAAUGUACAUUGACUGUGAUUGUUUGAUUAUCGCAGAACAACAGUUUGAAAGACUAGUGUUUAAGGAUGCCGUUUUAUGGAGUAUAAUGAUUGGUGGAUUAGUUCGAGAUGAUCGCUCAAACGAUGCUCUCCAACUCUUUCAUCAGAUGAUCUUGAGCACAAAAAUUGCACCCACUAAACCGAUUUUGCUUAAUGUGCUUCUUGCUUGUGCAAACUUGGGUAAUUGGCAAGAAGGCCAGUGGAUUGAAGAGACAUACUUAACAUGCGAGAACAGGAGUGGAUUUGAACUAGAUGCAUCACUUAUUACCAUGCUUAUCUAUAUGCAUGCAAAAUGCGGGAAACUAGAGAUAUCACUGAAGCUCCUUCAUGAAAAUGUGCUGGUCAGAAGGGAUGUUAUUGCAUGGAAUUCAAUGCUAAAAGCUUGCACAGAACUCGGACAGAUUGAAAAGGUUUUGGAUCUCACUCUCCAAAUGCAGAGGAAAGGGAUCAAUCUUGACAAAGUUACAUUCAUAACAUUGCUUUCUGCCAUCUCAGUGGUUCCACUUCCAAGAAAAGGAGUAGAAACUCAUGCACAAAUAAUUAAGAGAGCUUUCGAGUCCGAAAUACGAAUUUCCAAUUCCCUCAUUGACAUGUAUGCGAAAUGUGGCAGCCUUGGUGAUUCUCAAAAGGUGUUUUACUGCAUUCAUGAGAAAGAUGUGGUUUCAUGGAGUUCACUGAUAAAGGCAUAUGCAUGGAAUGGUAAUGCAAAAGAAGCACUAAAUGUUUUCCAUUUUAUGAUAGAGUCUGGAACAAGAGCAAAUAACCUCACAUUUCUUGCCAUUUUAUCUGCAUGUGGUCAUGCUGGUUUUGUCAAAGAGGGGAAAGAGUUGUUCAAGUCCAUGAAAGAAGAGUUUAACUUGGAGCCAGGAAUUGAACAUUUCACAUGCAUUGUGGACAACUUCUGCAGAGCUGGACAGUUGAAUGAUGCCUUUAAUUUGUUACACAAUGAAAUGAAUGGUAUGGGAAUGAAUGGUGCUUUGUGGGGGACUUUGCUGAAUGCUUGCAGAGUGCAUGGUGAUGUGGUGAUCGGGGAAGCAGCAGCAAAGCAUUUGUUCUGCUUGGAACCUGGAAAUGCAGCAAAUUAUGUGAUGCUUGCUGAUGUUUAUGCUGCAGCAGGGAGAAGAGAGGAUGCCAACAAUGUUAUGAGGAUGUUGAGAGAGAGAGGUUUGGAAAGGAGACCAGGUUGCAGUUGGUUUGAAGUUGUUCAGAGAACAUAAGAGAAAUUUUGUGAUACUAUUUAUCUUACAGUUUAACAAUUGUUGAUAUAACCUUGCUGGAUCAAAUACAAGAGUCUUAAUAUUU